AGUCAGGCACUCGUACAGUCUGUGCAUCCAGAGUGUAUAGAUAUUCAGGAUCUACGACGCUAUGUUAGCACAUAUCUUAAGCGGAUACAAAUACAUUGUACCGGAUACAUACCCACAGUCACUUGAUUCUCCGAACGAUUCGGGAUAGCAGCUUGGAAAGGCAACUACUCUUCUUCUCCCUUUCUAAAAUUUCUUUCUCAACCCUUCCUUUAAAUUGUGAUGCUGGGUUUAGUCAAACCCUCAUCAAAUUUCAGACAUGGGAAUGAAAUGUUAACACUGAGAACAAGAGCAUUAAACAUUUUCACAAUACCCACAACAACAACUUUAAACCACAGUUUCAGAAAAAGCAGAUUCCCUUCUUUCAUGGCUUCCGCAAUUUCAACAACUUCCGAAGAACCCACCACUAAAAAUUUCGUCGUUCAGCAUCCUGUACAGGUUGCAAAGCGCUUGGAGAAGUUUAAGACUACAAUCUUCACACAAAUGAGCAUGCUUGCGAUCAAGCAUGGAGCGAUAAACCUCGGCCAAGGCUUUCCCAACUUUGAUGGCCCUGAAUUUGUGAAAGACGCCGCAAUCCAAGCUAUUAAAGAGGGGAAAAACCAAUAUGCCCGGGGAUAUGGUGUUCCAGAUCUCAACUCUGCAGUGGCUGCCAGGUUCAAGAAAGACUCGGGACUGGUGGUGGACCCUGAAAAGGAAGUCACUAUCACUUCAGGAUGCACUGAAGCCAUUGCUGCUACCAUGUUAGGCUUGAUAAACCCCGGCGAUGAGGUCAUCCUUUUUGCCCCUUUUUAUGAUUCUUACGAAGCUACCCUUUCCAUGGCUGGAGCCAAUAUAAAAUCCAUUACCCUCCGGCCUCCCAAUUUCUCAGUUCCAAUUGAUGAGUUCAAGUCUAUCAUCUCAAAGAAUACUCGUGCAAUACUUCUAAACACACCACACAACCCCACGGGGAAAAUGUUCAGCCGAGAGGAAUUGGAAACUAUUACAUCUCUCUGUAUAGAAAAUGAUGUGUUGGUUUUCUCAGAUGAAGUUUAUGAUAAGUUGGCAUUCGAGGAAGAUCACAUUUCUAUAGCUUCACUUCCUGGCAUGUACGAGAGGACUGUCACCAUGAAUUCCCUCGGAAAGACAUUUUCUGUAACAGGUUGGAAGAUUGGUUGGGCUAUAGCUCCACCACAUCUGACAUGGGGAGUAAGACAGGCACACUCUUACCUCACUUUUGCUACAUCAACUCCAAUGCAGUUUGCCGCUGCGGAAGCUCUUCGAACCUCGGAAACUUAUUAUGAAGAAAUGAAGAAGGAUUACAUGCAUAAGAAGGAGAUAUUGGUAGAAGGACUUAAAGAUGUAGGUUUUGUGGUCCACCCUUCAAGUGGUACUUACUUUGUCAUCGUUGAUCAUACCCCUUUCGGGUUUGAAAAUGAUGUCGCCUUCUGCGAAUAUCUGAUUAAGGAAGUGGGAGUUGUCGCAAUUCCUACGAGUGUAUUCUAUCUUAAUCCAGAGGAUGGUAAGAAUUUGGUGAGGUUCACAUUCUGCAAGGACGGGGAUACUCUUAGGGCAGCAGUCGAAAGAAUGAAAGCGAAGUUGAGAAAAUGAAAUCACUCUUUAUCUUCAGUCUCAGCAUAAUUGAGAAAAAAUAUUACUCUUAAAUUUCCGUCUAUCCAAAACUGUUUAUUUUCUGUCUGGGGAAGUUCUCCCCGAGUAGAACGAAAACAUUUACAUUGUAAGCCAUUUGAAUGAGCAUUCUCUUGAUUGAAAUCACAUUAAAGUAGCCAUCCAACCUUUUCAAAGCUGGAUGUAGAUGCACAAUUAAAUGCUAUGAAAUUCUAUUACAAACA